AUGUUUAAGUUUAUCGUCGUUUGUGCCAUGAUAGCCAGUGCCGUGGCUUUGCCUCCAAACUCUAUAAAAUCUCUGAUAUACUCGGGCGGCAGCGGCAUCCACCAUGUCAGCGGCAGCCACCAUGCCAGCGGCGAUGAAGUUCAUGCCGACAUUAAAAAUUUCGUUUCCGAUGUUAAUGAUCAUGGCUUCCAAUAUGCCUACGACACCACCAAUAAUAUUCAUGCUGCCGCCUCUGGUGACGAACAUGGUGACCACAGGGGUGAUUUCUCUUGGAUUUCGCCCGAAGGUGAACACAUUGCCGUCCAAUAUGUGGCCGAUGAAAAUGGCUACCAACCCAGCAGUGCCUUGUUGCCCACACCACCACCAAUCCCAGAAGCUAUCUUGAAGGCCUUGGAAUAUAUUCGUACUCAUCCACCAAAGGAGGAACACAACACCGCUGCCUCUUAUCGUAGCAACUCCCUCAGCAGCAGUCAUCUCAAGUCACUUUUUGGACGGUAA